AUGGCAAAGGUCAAGGCUCACGAACUCACCGGCAAGUCCAAGGCCGACCUCACCAAGCAGCUCGAGGAGCUCAAGGGCGAGCUCCUCCAGCUCCGUGUGGCCAAGGUCGCUGGUGGUGCUUCCAGCAAGCUGACCAGGAUCAACUCGACCCGCAAGUCGAUCGCCCGCGUCCUCACUGUCAUGAACCAGAAGCAGCGCGCCAACCUCCGCGAGUUCUAUAAGGGCAAGAAGUACCAGCCCCUCGACCUCCGUGCCAAGAAGACUCGUGCUAUCCGCAGGAGGCUGACCAAGCACGAGCGCAGCCAGCAGACUGAGCGCGAGCACAAGAAGCAGGUCCACUUCGGCCAGCGCCGUUACGUCCUCAAGGCGUAAAGCUCUCCAUUAGCUUUGGAGCUCUUCGGUCGGUCGUGGCUUCCUCUCCCGCACUCUCUUGUACACUUCAUCACACCCAACCUCCUGUCACGCCUUGACGUGCGUGAGGUGAGAUAGCAAUCUCAACAUCUGCGUACGCGCAUUCAUACUCUGAAGAUGAGGGAUCACGAUUGAGCUCGUGGACGACGAUGGCGCAGAGGCAGGCAGAUGGAUCCUGAAGCCGUCGAGAAGUCUCCUCGUUGUGUGACCUUUUGU